AUGCGUGCUGCCAGAAACACGCAAUAUGCACUCAUCAUUUGGGAUGUUGUUAGAGAAGUUAUUGGACACGAAUUUCCCUUUGAAAAUGAAGUUUACAAGGUAGAACGACUCAUUUGGUCGGAGGACGGAGCUUGCGUUGCAGCAGUGCUGCGGCAUACCGAUCAAGAGCGGUAUUGGAAAGUUGCUACUUCACAAGGCCUUUUUAAGGCUUCCAUGGACGAACGAACUUCUGAAAUAGACACUUCGCCCACCGAGAUUCGGAGGAAGAACUUCUUUGUGUUUCUCAAUGCACCUACGUUCGAUGCUGUAGGAUGCAUCGAUCCAGAUACCACCUUCCAGAUCGCGAUACCGCCAGAAAAAUACCAAUUGGGCGACAGACAGAGUUGGAUAUAUUUCAAUGGGAAAAGAUUGCUAUGGCUCCCACCGGCUUACAGGCCCCGUCUAGAUUCAGGAAUUGCGUUUCAUGAGACCCAGACUACUGUGAGGGUUGCAAUUGCCUGUCUUUCGGGUCAAACCCUUACUAUGGAAUUCGCAAAGGAUUGUCAUAGAAUUUGA